AAAUGGUGGUCGUGUAGUCAUCGGUUUUGCUAGUCGCAGUACGUAUUUCGAAAUCUUGUAGAUUUUUAUUUAUAUUUGAGCAGCAUAAUUAUGUUGUUGAUGCGGGUAAAGAAAUAAAUAACAUUUGAAAGAAUCACAUUCAAUAUUUUGGACUGUUUUAACAGAAUUAAAUACAUAGGUACAAUGGCUGCAACCAGGAGACUUCAAAAGGAACUAAAUGACAUCAGACAAUCGGGACUAAAAUCCUUCAGGGAUAUCCAAGUGGAUGAAUCUAACAUCCUUACAUGGCAAGGACUAAUUGUUCCUGACAAUCCUCCAUAUAACAAGGGUGCAUUUCGUAUUGAGAUAAACUUUCCAGCAGAAUAUCCAUUCAAGCCACCUAAAAUUAGUUUUAAAACCAAAAUAUACCAUCCUAAUAUUGAUGAGAAGGGUCAAGUGUGUUUACCAAUCAUCAGUGCAGAAAACUGGAAGCCUGCUACCAAGACUGACCAAGUGAUCCAAGCACUGGUAGCUCUUGUGAAUGAUCCAGAACCAGAACACCCAUUGCGUGCAGAACUUGCUGAAGAGUUCCUGAAGGAUAGAAAGAAGUUUAUGAAAAAUGCAGAAGAAUUUACUAAAAAACACAGUGAAAAGCGACCCUCAGACUAAAUUAACUAUUAUGUGGAUGUUUCAAUUGGCAUGGGUUUACAGCGAUGUAUUCAACUUUUCUUAAAAAAGGCUUGGUGUUAAUUAAGAUCAUAAUAUUACUUACAGGGUUUCAUUAAAAUAUACCUUUUUUGGCAUUUAGUAUUAAGUAAGAUUUACCAAUAAAUGGUUAUUUUAUAUCCUAGUUUUAAGAACUCGGGAUUCCUAAAUCAUUGCUGUAUAUCCAGGUUAAUUAUAUCUUACACUUAUGUCAGCUAUUGCUUGUCAUUAUCACUAUUUUGCUUACAGAAACUGGGCACUCUUAAGACUAAAUUAGGAAACUUAAUGAAAAUUGGAGAAGGUUUAGGAAUGCUUUGAAAUUAUUCAUGCUUAUUUACAUACAGUUUAAUAAUUGUCAAUAAUUAUGGACUUAAUCUGAUAAAAACAUAUUUAGGAAUUCUUUUUUCGGUAAGAAAAUCAUAUUCUCUUAUUAUUUGGUGUUUGAAAGAAUAGUCACCUUAUUAUGAAUGAAUGAUCAGGCAGAAUGGAAAAGAUAUAUAUUAUGGAUGGUUAAAUCUUCUAAUGGAUAAAGAAUAUAUUCAUUUAAAGUAGCCAAUACAUACUUUCAGAAUCUGUAUGUACAUAUGUCAAUAUGCCUGAGUAUUAUUAUUUAUUAUCUGUUUAAGUCACGUUACAUGGUAACUUACAGCAUGCUGAACAAUUCAGUGAUAAAACUUUAAAAUACAUUUUUUUUCCAAAUUAUUUGAAGUUUUACUUAUAUCUAUGACAUUUCCUUUUGCUUUCAGUCUUACUUACAGGAGUCCUAUCUCUGACAAAACAUACUUUGUUAAAAAUGAAUGUGAAUUUCAAUGGAAAGAUCAAUGUUCUCACUUAUAUCAAUUUAUUCAAGAAAUUCAUAUACAUCUAACUGCGUCAUAUCAUUGUUUUGAUUCUUUGUUAAGUUGCUUUUAAAUCUUUUAAAAAUACUAUCUGUUUGAGCUUUCUUAUCACAACUUUCUAGGUCAUUCUUCUUUUCUUUUAAUGUUGGUGCUUCUAGUGGCUUAAUAUUUAUGUAAUUCAAGUUUUCUGUGAACAAUUAUAUAAAGACCAUGUCAUAUAAAGUCUCAGGCUAUAUCUACAGCCUAUCAUAAAAUGUAAUUGAAAGAAAAAUACAUGUAUAUACAAAUAUAUAACUUAUUUCAUACUA